UAGGUGCUGAAAGGACAGCUCCUACCUGCCCGGCCGUACACGAAAGGCACCCCUGUGUGCAAAGUCUCCACUUGGAGCCCACGCCCCCACCUCCAGUGGACGGCUUCCCAGGUGAGGCGCACGGAGGGAUUUCCCGAGGUAGCAGUUCGGAAGGAUGCACGUCCGACUGCGCCAAGCCAGCCCCCUCGCUCUCAUCCCACUAGAGCCCGUGGCCCCUGGAGCGGCCGCCUCCCGUCGUCGCCUAUGGAGCCGGGCGGCGCGGCCAGGCCUCGCCAUCCCCUCUUGUGGGGCCCCCAGCGGGAGCCGGAAGGAAAGCGGCCGAGAUGUGCCCAGUGUCGCACGGCUUGGAGAAGUGGGUAGCAGGGUUGCAUAAGGUGGAAGGAACUUGGGAGUUUGCAAAAGCCAGCUCGGGCGGGAGCAGAACCCCGAGCCCGCCGCCUCGCGCGCCCCUCAUUUACUGCCUCGGGCGCGCGCCUCCCCCACCGCGCCCCCUCCCCCAAGGCGCGCGCCCGUCUAGCUCACCCUCCCCCGACACCCCCUCCUCACUCCAGAGGAGGUGAGUUUAAACCCCGCCCACGUGACCCCAGCUGGGCCAAUGAGCGGCGGCGGGAGGUGAAAUCCGGUUCUAACCGGUCCGAGGCUCCCAGCGCUAUAAAAACUUUAUAAACCCCCCGGAGCCCGAGCAGUGUGAAGAAGCAGCGAGAACGACCCCCGGACGGACCCGAGCCGCGCACCGCUGCAGCCCCGCGUUCAGCGCCGACGUUCCCCCCCGCCGCCGCCAUGCCCAAAAGAAAGGCUGAAGGGGAUACUAAAGGAGAUAAAGCCAAGGUGAAGGACGAGCCACAGAGAAGAUCGGCAAGGUUGUCUGCUAAACCUGCUCCUCCAAAGCCAGAGCCCAAGCCUAAAAAGGCCCCCGCAAAGAAGGGAGAGAAGGUACCCAAGGGGAAGAAGGGGAAGGCCGAUGCUGGUAAGGAUGCCAAUAAUCCUGCAGAGAAUGGAGACGCCAAAACAGACCAGGCACAAAAAGCUGAAGGUGCUGGAGACGCCAAGUGAAAUGUGUGCGUUUUUGAUAACUGUGUACUUCUGGUGACUGUACAGUUUGAAAUACUAUUUUUUAUCAAGUUUUAUAAAAAUGCAGAAUUUUGUUUUACUUUUUUUUUUUUAAAGCUAUGUUGUUAGCACACAGAACACUUCAUUGUUUUGGGUGGGGAGGAACAUGUGUCCCUAGCACUGUCUCCCAAGCUGGAUGAAUGAUGGUUCAUGAUGGAAAACAUCUUUCCCUGAUAAUUUUGAAGACUCCUCUUGGCUCCCAGGAGAGACCCCCUGGGGACAUGUUGACAUGUGUGGCCACCAUGGCACAAUAUGCCUUGUGUGGGAAAACUCAGUUCAUUUUUAUAUCCUCCUCCCCUGUACCAUCAACAUAGACUUAA